UUCUUCCGUCUCCCGCCGCCUUCGAUGACCUUCGCCGGGGCUUCACGCCGCCGGCGAGCAUCUGGUUCCCAUCCCCCUCUCCCUCUCAUAGCCAUCGUCCUCCUGCUAGUCUCUCCACCUCCUCCCCGCACUUACGCGCUCCGCGUCCCACUGCGCGAGGUCGCCUCCCUCCUCUCCCUCUCCCACUCCCUCCUCACCCGCAUCGCGGUCGCCCGCGCCGACCGGGGGGACGCCGCAGCCGCUGCCCGUGCUCACCGAAUCGCCUCACACCUAUCCAUUCUCUCCUCCCGCGGUGCGUGGGCACUCGGCUGGGACUACCUCCGCCACUAUGCUUUCUCCUCCGUCACCGGAUGCGGCUUCUCCUGCGCCACUGCCGCCGCCCGCCUCCUCGCCGCUGCGGCGGAGGCCUCGCGCCUAAAGUCACCCGUCGAUGCGGCCCAGUGGCUGCGCCGUAAUUACGGUGACCUCCAAGCCGCCGCUACGCAGCUCCUAAACGGCCUCCUCUCUGCCUUCUCCGAGCAGGGGCCGCUAAGGGAGGUGGUGUUGGAUGUGAAGUGGGAGGUGGAGGAAGGGGGGUUGCUGAAGGAUUGCCUUCAGGUGGGAGCCAAAGACUUGGAGGGCUUGCUUAUCAUUGCCAAAGAUCUCUUUGGUGCUUCAAGGGCUUCUUCACGCCACACUGAACUCUGAGGUGAGUCCUGACCAAGAAACUACAGCCGCUCCAUUCUUUCCUCCACCGAUGCAGAAUGCUUCAGAUCCAACAGUUCACCUACACAAUUAAAGCUGCUCCAGUUUGGUGACUCUGCAUACAACGCAUCAUGUUAAGCUAUCUUAUCUCUUCGGGAAAAAGGUUAAGCUACCUUAUCUUGUCAAGUAGUUCCUGAGCAGAAAGAUUAACCCUGCUGUUUAAUGACAUUGCAGCUUUAACUGUGAUUGUAAUAGAAUUGUGUGCCUUGUGUCUGUUCUGUUGACUUGGAGUACUGUUUUUGCUAAGUGAUAACUUUUAGAUGGUUGCAAGGCUUUUGUCACUAGUGUUGUUGCCAUUGUAGGAUCCAUGUGAACAGUUUCCAGUUCAAAACAUAACUUUGUUGCAUGGUAGAUUGUCUACCUUCACCAAAUUGUGAUAUUCCCUUUAUUUCAGGUCCUUCGUCCAUGCAUAGGAAAGAAUUCCGUAAUUAAAGACUAAUGACCUACAACAUCUGCCAUAGGCAACUGCUUGCGCAACGCACUAUGUUUGUUUUCCUCUUCCCUUCUGAAGGCCAAACACCUGUUCUUGACUAGUGUUAUCCUUGCAAAGCAUGAGGCUGCUGGAUGAGUCCAGUAGAUAUCCCUCACCUCCAAACUACUUACAUGACAUCCUGAAAUGACCACGUUUCUGCAGACAUGUCAUCCAUGUCUCUGAAUUUUGCAUGGCGGAAAUACUUCAACAUGUGUGUGCCUGGUGCCCUGUUAGCAAACAUGUCCACGUCUCUAAGAAUACGUUUUGUGUUGCUACCAUUAUGUACAUAACCGUAUAUACAGGUCGACACAUGAGCCUUCGAUGAUAACAAACUUCAGGACCCUCUAGUGAUAUCUCACAAGUUACAUGUUACCUCUCGGAUCAUCUUGUCAAGACAAUACUUAUGAUCAUUCCACAUGAGAACCUCUUCAGGUAUGACCUUGACCUUGUUAGGAAAGCUGAGGAAUUUAUUAAAAAGUCACAUUGCACUUACAAACCUGAGUGUCAUGCUCAUAAUCUGAACUACGGUGCUGACAAAUUCGUGGUGUAAAUCUGUCAUGAUAAUGUCUGAUAACAACAUUUCCAGACACGGUUUUAUGCCUAUAAGGCCAUGCAAAAUCCACUGGACUUAAGCUGUAGGGUAACAUAACACUGUGAUGUAAUAGGUAUUGACAGGCAGCCCCAAAAUAAUAAUUGGAUAUAAGUUGUCUUGGUUGAACUUGAAAGACUCGUUACGCCGGAAAGGGAAAAGGGAAAAGGAACAAGUUGAAGCAAAUUUAGGAAAGUAGAAGCAUUGUUUCCGUUUCAUCCAUGAGUUCAGCUAGAUAUUUGAAAUGCAAAGCUACUGUGGGAAAUAUUUUGUCAGGAACCUAGGAAAGUGAUCCAGUCAGUAAAUUAGUUGUGGAAGCAUUUGGAACUACCACUAUUUUUAACUUUGAUUCCAUUAAUUAGAUUUGCUAUGGA